AUGGAUCUAAGGAUCUCUCAAGCCACAUCUCGUUCCACGUUUCACGAGUCAUCAAUUGCUGACUACCACCAACAAUGGAUGAUUCAGUUCUCUAGAGUUUAUAGCAAUGAAUUCGAGAAACAGAUGCGGCUUAAAGUGUUUGAGAAAAACUUGAAAUUUAUUGAGAAUUUCAAUAAUAAUGGGAGUCAUAGCUACAAGCUUGGUGUCAACGAAUUCACGGAUUGGAGCGAAGAAGAGUUCCUUGCCACACACACCGGUCUCAAUGGCAUUAACCUAACCUCGCCAUCUGAGGUGGUUGAUGAGACCAUGCCAUCUUGGAGUUGGAACAUCAGUAACGUCGUCGCCACGAGCAAAGACUGGAGAGAGGAAGGAGCUGUAACACCUGUCAAAAUGCAAGGACAAUGUGCUUCUUGUUGGGCGUUCGCGGCGAUUGCAGCGGUGGAAGGUCUGACAAAGAUUUCCGGAGGAAACCUCGUAUCACUGUCCGAGCAGCAGCUUGUAGAUUGCGACACAUUUAAUAACGGUUGCAAUGGCGGAACAUCGCAAGAAGCUUACACGUACAUAGCUCAAAACGGAGGCAUUACUACAGAAGACGCAUACCCUUACCAAGAGAAACAGGGGAGUUGCCUGUCCAACGCCGAACCCGCCAUGCAGAUCAGUGGAUCCCAAAACGUUUUGGCUAACAACGAGGCUGCGUUGCUCGAGGCUGUGUCAAGACAGCCCAUCUCGGUGGGUAUGGACGGGAGUGGUGCCGGUUUCCUCCAUUACUCAAGUGGAGUGUUUGAUGCACCCGAGUGUGGGUUCAGCAUCAGUCAUUCAGUGACGUUUGUUGGGUACGGGACAAGCCCAGAAGGGAUCAAGUAUUGGCUGGCUAAGAACUCUUGGGGUGAGACUUGGGGAGAGAAUGGUUAUAUUAGGAUCCGUAGAGAUGUGGAGUGGCCUCAAGGCAUGUGUGGUUUGGCUCAGAAUCCUUCUUAUCCGGUUUUGUGA